UUUAUUUUGAAAUGUGAGACCGGAAGUGAGUUUGCUGACGAUGUUGGGGUGUUGACGUAUCCAGGUGUGUUCGAGCCGGUCGACAUGGGUCUGGUUUACUCCGAGCCGGCCUGUCAGUCAGCAUACGACGGAGACAUCCAUCAGCUCUACCACAUCCUGAGCAACGACCCGAGCAGCCUGAACGUCCGGGAGAAGUACAACGGGGACACGCCCCUCAUCGCCGCCUGUCGCCGCGGCAACCUGAGGGUAGUCAAAUACCUGCUGGACAACCGUGCCGACGUCCACCUGACCAAUAAGAAACACAGGACCUGUCUCCACUAUGUGUCCAAGAGAGGCUUCUCUCUGCUGGAUUAUCUGAUGAUCUCCAUCCUGAUGCCCAUCCUGCUGCUCGGAUACUUCCUCAUGUUACAGAAGCAGAGGCAGAACGUGGCUCUGAUGGAGGCCGUGCUGAGCAGCAAAGUCAACGUCAACGCUGUCGACUACAAAGGAAACACUGCACUUCACUACGUCUGUAAGAGGAAGAGUCACCGCCUGGUCCCUCUGCUGCUCGACAAGAACGCCAACACCAAGGUCAAGAAUAACGACGGAGAGACACCGUUGGACAUCGCCACCAGACUGAGGUUCAACAAGAUCGUCUACAUGCUGAAGAAGACCCAGUGAUGGAGGACGAGAGGACAGACUAACGGAGCUAACAGUUUCCCCCAGCUUCAGGUCUUUGUGCUAAGCUAGGCUAGCCCCCCACCCCACCCCCGCUCUGUACCGAACAUGAGAUUAAAACCAUCAUCAGUGAGCAUGAACGUGUGUGUUUGUGGAUAAGAAGGUAAAACAUUUCAGAUUAAAUUGUUUCUUCUUGUUUUAUCUGGUUAUUAAUAAAAACUGUCACAUUCUCA